AUACAAAAAUCGAUUUAGCAUAUUAAUCUAGUACAUAACAGCAAUACAAGUUUCAAACAGUACCCGAAUGAUCUAAAAAUAAAACCGUUUAACAAUAACAGUUAUCCAUUUUCAAUAGUAAGAAUAGUCGAUUUACCGAUAUAUACCUUUCGGAUCAGCCUUGGAUUUAUAAUUUCAAUGAAAUAAGAUAUAUAAAACGAACUUUACAAAUAGGUGGUUGAUAGAGAUAUCACGGGAAUACAGGUUUUAAUUAGAUGGAAAAAAUUAAGAUUUAAGUGUCUCUCAAAGAACGGGGUUUUCUUAUUUUUAGUACGUUUUAUUGGGAUGGUGUUUAAUUUUUCAUAUUUACAAUAAGGAAAAUAUUGACAGAGUAGAUAAUGAGCAAUGUAUAGGAGAUAUUUGGUGGAAAUCCAGCAUGCGAAAUGUAAAGUUGAUUCAAUAGUGCAAAAUUGUGAGGAUAUAUUAACAGACGAUGCUCUUCCUGUAAGACCAGACAACACAGAGAGUCAAAAACUUUACAGUUAUCAAGAUAUGAAAGACCUACGUGAAGAAAGCAUUCAACGAUUAAAUGAUAUCGCGAAAAAGGUCGCGAAUCAGAAAAGAAUUCUUAGCCGUACAGUCGCCGACGAAGACGUCCGGUAUAUUUGCAGUUUGUAUUCCAUGUUUGUCGACAAAGCAACAUCUGACGUGUUGGACGAAUAUAGGAAAGAGGUUGCGAAUAUUAUGGUAAAGACGAAUAUUUUACCGUACCUCACGCAUAUCGUUGUGAUCUACCCGGCAGAUGUGUACUAUAACAUAGCAACACACGAAGACAGUUAUUUGUUGUACAUGACGCUUACAUUAAUUGCUUACUAUGCCGAAUCAUCAGAAUUGUUCGCCGACGCGAUUUCAAAGACUGAGGUCUUAGUGUUUUGCAAAAAGCUGUUGGCGCUUAACUCUGAGAACCAUGUUGAUGGAAAGCUUAAAGAUGUUUUAGAAAAAAUAAUACAUGCAUGUAUUUGCAUUUUUCACAUCAUUUCCAUGAGAGAGCCAUGUGUAUAUAUCUUAAGAGACUUGGAGCUUACAAAUACACUCCGACUGUAUCUGAAGUCACCUGAUGACGAGAUUAGUUUGACUUCUAUGGCAACUAUAGCGAACAUUGCUACUGAGAAAGAAAACGGUAUUAUAGAAGAAAAUGCUCAACUAGUAGCUAAACUGAUGUAUCUCCUACAUAAAGGGAUGGAAGAUGAAUCACAUGCGUAUGCAGGGUGGCCUUGCAAAAAGAGUGGACGAGCUGUUCGAAACCUAUCGAAAAAUGACUCUAACAAGAAGUUGCUCUGGGAUUUAAAUGUUCUGCGAACUUUAACCGAGAUGGUAAGGGCCGGAAAUGAGCAGCAGCAGCUAGAAAGUGUCCAUGCGAUUUGGGCUCUGGCAUUUGACAAGGAAAUACGUAAAGACAUCAUGAAAGAUAAAGAUUCCAACGUCCUACAGGUCUUGAAUGGUCUAGAAAAAAAUACAAAUAACGACGACAUAAAAGAUGCAUGUGAAAAAUGCCUAUGGACCCUUAAUCAGGACACAACAGUAAAUGCAUCACAAAAAGAAACAGUUACUAAGGAUACAACAGUACAACAGACACACGGUACUGAACCUAAGAAAGGUCACAUCAUGAUCUCGUACCAGAGUCAAAGCCGCGAGACUAUGAAAGAAAUAAAACGAGUCUUGGAAGAAAAGAAUUACAAUGUAUGGAUGGAUAUUGACAAUAUUGGAGGUUCAACCUUACAAGCAAUGGCAGAAGCUGUAGAAAAUGCUGUUGUUGUGUUAAUUUGCUAUUCUAGAAAAUAUAAAGAAAGUGAAAACUGUCGUCUAGAGGCUGAGUACACACAAGAAUUGCGGAAACCUUUCAUACCGUUAAAAAUGGAGCAGGGCUACAAACCAGACGGCUGGCUAGGACUUAUGAUAGGUUCCAAGUAUUUUAUUGACUUUUCUGGAAAAUACAAAUUCGAAGACAAACUUGUAGACCUUUUCAGGGAGCUCGACAGAAUUCUUAAGCCUGAGAAUGCAGGUUUAGAGCAUAACGUAACCGAUUUAUCUGAGGUCAGUACGACGGGAGGUGUUGGCAAUACCUUUGUUACUAGUACGAAUGUUGCACAUGGCAAGGUCGUUAGUUCAAAUGAAACAUCAAAUGAAAAAUCAAAGGAGAAUAUCAAAAAGAUAAGAAAAUGGAGCGAUAAUGAUGUGUCAACUUGGUUGUCUAAAUAUAACUUACACAAUUGCGGCUUAGAUGAACUUACAGGAGAAGAAAUCUGGCUCUUGGCAAAAGUGAAUAACCAGACACCGGAUAAAAUUUAUGAUUUUCUAGAAAAAGACUUGAAAAUUGACAAAUUAUUGGUUAAAUCAAGACUUGUAUGGGCACUGACUGAAUUAAAUUUAUAACCUUUUUAUGAACAAUUUAAUGUUUAAAUACUGCCAUUCUAGCAGUUCACUACAGUACAACAAAAUAUUCUCUUGUAACAUAAAAUGAUAAAAUAUU